AAGGAAUCUGUGGCGAAAGUAAUAUUAGAUUUAGAUUAGGGUGAAAGUGAAAGAAUAUAAUAAUAGUAGAAGUAGGGGCUUGGUUUGUCUUUUUAAUACAUGACCCAAGUCAGUCUUCCACGUGCUCCUGGGGAGUCUCUCCCUCUUUUCUCUGUCUUUGAAUUUGGAUUUGCAUGGAAGCCAUGAAAGGAGCAAGAGUUGGCGUGGGCGAGGACCACGACAUGCCUGACGGUAUGCAAUGCAGCGACCACCCUUACAGAAACAACCCUGGCGGGAUCUGCGCCUUCUGCCUCCAAGACAAACUCGGCAAGCUUGUUUCCUCUUCUUUCCCUCUCCCUAUCCUUCCUCCUUCUUCCCCUUCUUUCAGAUCCCACCUCCCACCCUCUUCCCUCACCCCCGCUGCCUCCUCAGCUCCCGCUCCUUCUUCUUCCUCUUCCUCCUCCCUCCCCAUCAACAACCCCACCGAUUAUCAAUACUACCCUCGCAGAACUCGCCUCCCUUUUCUCUUGCCCAAGAAGAAGAAGAAGAAGCCCCCUUCAGCAACCUCCGAUAAUAUCGUUCUCAAGCGCAGCAAAUCCACCGCCACUCCCCGAAGGAACCACUCCUUGGUCGUCGACGACGAUGACGACGACGAGUUUGCCAUUGGGGGUUUUAGUCCCAGGAAGAGAAACGGCUUUUGGUCUUUUCUCUAUCUCUCUUCCAAAUCAUCCAAAAAACUCAACUCCAAGAGCUUCAGAGACCACAACCCUCCAAGGAUCUCUACCAUUAACUCAGCUCCGGGAAGUUCUAGUUCUGUCAAGCUUAAAGAUAAGCGUUGCUCUGGUUCUUCUCUCAAGACUGACAUUGUUGUCGAACAAGAUAACACUAACAGUCCCAACACCGCUUCUGCCUCUGCUUCUUCUUUUGAGCGCAAGGUUUCGAGAUCUAGAUCUGUUGGGUGUGGCAGCAGAAGCUUCUCUGGGGACUUCUUCGAGAGAAUCUCUACUGGGUUUGGAGAUUGCACUCUCAGGAGGGUGGAAUCUCAGCGUGAAGGUAAGCCUAAGGGGAUUGGUGGUGGCUCCUCCGCCGUGAGCCGCGGCGGCGAACACCACCACCACCACCAUUGCAUGAAAGAGAGGGUCCGGUGUGGAGGGUUGUUUAGUGGGUUCAUGAUGACUUCGUCUUCUUCAUCCUCGUCUUCUUCCUCGUAUUGGGUUUCUUCUUCUGCUGAUGAUGCUGCUGCUGCUGCUGCUGUGAAUGGCAAAUCGGCCACUGUAGCACUCUCUCAUAACAGAGGUAGGAGUUGGGGUUGGGCUUUUGCGAGUCCCAUGAGGGCUUUCAGCGGUAAACCUUCUUCUAAAGAGAGUAACCGAAGGGAUAUUAUUAGAGGUGCCAGUGAUAAGAAUGCCACGCCAAAUUUAUCUGCUAUACCUUCCUUGCUUGCUGUCAGAGGCUGAGAACUGAGAAGAACACAAGGAGCAAAGAAGAAAAAGAAAAACCAUUCGAGGGCUUUAACUUGGUCUAUUAUACACAUUAGUACUAUGAUGUUAAUUACUGUUUAUUACUAUUAUUACUACUUUGUUUAUCAUGUGGAUGGGUUUUAAUUUAAUUUUCUUCAUUAGUAAUCUAAUACUUUCAAGUUCAUUCCUUUUAUUCUCUAUACCGCUUUGUGAAUUAUGAUCAGCUAUGGGCAAUUCUCUGGGAAAUCAGAAUCCUUGCUGGUGGCAGUGAAUGGAGUGUGUUCGAAAAGAGGGAAAUUUCGAGGAGAAAAUCUCGAUGCAUUGCAUUCUCUGUCAUCACGUGGCUUGUUUGAACUAUGACACUGGUUUGUGAUUUUUGUAGUGUCCUUCUUGUAAUUGCACAUUGUGAUGUUACGCCAAAGACAUGUAAUUUUUAUUUGCCACAAAAUCACUAUUCACAUGCAUACACAUGUUUGGGGUGGUGUAGCCACAAUAGGGAAUAUCUUUAGAAUCACUCUGAGCUAUAUGUUAUGUGUUCUAUGCAUUUUAAUAAGUUGUUAAUCAAUAAUGAUGUAUAUUUAA